UCGUCGCGCAUACCCUGAUCCCUUAUUUUUUCGAAUUUUUAUUCGGCCUCUGUUGACGGAUUUAUAUUAAUUUGAAAAUAAUUCGCUGUUCAUUUAUGUACCAAGAAGUUGUUCUUUAUUUUAUCAGGCUGAACAAUUUGUCAUAAAUUUUUUUUGGAAACGUGGGGGGGGUGGUAUAAUGCAAGGGCCCAGGGGGCGAAACCGUGACUGCAUGGUCAGCCACGAUUUUAAGCGCUCGGUUAAAGCUCACGGAAACGUGAAUAUACAAACCACAACGGAACUCUGACGUAAUCCUUCGGGUUUACGACAUGAUUAUUAAUGAUUCUACUGCUGUAAUGAAUUAUUAAUCGUUAAAUUGAAGUUCAUCGGUUUUUUACUAAAUUAAGAUCAGGGGCCUUGCUAGAUACUUUCGGAGUUUAAAUAUGUAAAUUGUAAAAUUGUAGUAUAAAAUUUUACGCGCGCAAUGCAGUGCAUGGAGACCUCGUUGUGCCUGCGGUGAUUACGGUUGAGUUAAUUGUCUUGGGUCGUUUCCGUUCUUCUUAUAUUUUUUUAAAAUCAUUUUUGUGAGAUCGCCUUGUUUUACUGCGAAACGCUUGAAUUUUUAAGGAGAAUUCUGUCAACCCUCCUCUUGCUUGAUUACCCGGUUUUUGCGGCCUCGUGGGGUUUGAGAGGGUAGCCUCGAGAAGUCUACUCUGUGAUGAAGAUGCCUGAGUGAUAAGUAAAGCGAGUAAAUAACAAACGUCUCCGUAAAAUUAGAAAUAAAUUGAGUAAUGCCGGACAAAGUGAACGGUAACCGUGAUGGACAUCGGGACAAGGAGUUUUUUGUCGAUGAAAUAUCAUCAAUUGGUAUGUCACUGCGGCCGAGCGGUAGUGCAUCUUCUGGUAUUUCGAGUCUCGCGAGUUGCGGUGAAGUUAAUGCACUGCCGGAAUUACCGCCUCAGGAUGAGGAACGCCUACAGCGGGCUGCAAGGAUGCUGCAGCAACGAUUGGUUCUUCGACAGUGGCUAAGUGAUCAUGGUCUCAGCUCUCAUUAUCAAAAGUUAAUGCAGAUGGAGGUGUUAUCGCUGGAGGACGUGUACUGGGUAGAGGAUAAUGAGGCACGUACAGCCCUUGGGAAAGAUCUUCCCAAGUGGAUACAGGCGCGACAGUCCCUUCCGACGUCGAAGGAUGAUCUUGAGGGGCUUAAAGCGGAUCUAUGGAGUUCUGUGGUUAAGAACAGUCAACACCAAGAUGCCUGGACGUGGGGUGGAAUGCUGGUGGUUUCAGUGUCUGUCGCUGGGCUCGUCACCCUGGCGGCUAUGACACAACCCGCUCUAGCCCCAGAAGCAAAACACUCACUACUGCAGUAUGUCACUGGCAAAUAUCUUCUGCCAAGCAACUGUCGUGUUCACUUUGAGUGGGAUGAACCUCAGCUUGUUGGAGAGACUAUGACAUUUACCGUUAAAUUUUACCAACGGAACGGUCAGCCCUAUCCAAUCUGUGACAAAGACAAUCUAUUAGUGGAUGUAUCAGAGGGUACAAGGAGGGUAGCAACCGUGAUAGAUCUAGGUGGUACUGAUCCAUUAGCAGCUAAUACAGCAGUUGUUAAAUUUACUGUUCGCCAUGCCGGGCAAUAUCGUAUAGCAGUACUCAUUGGCUCGUGCCAUGUCCAUGGCAGCCCUUUCCUCAAGAGUUUUUUUCCCGGUCCACCCGAUCCCAACAAAACUGUCUUUGUAAGGCAGAGCUCGACGGUUGUAUGCACAGCUGGAAUUGCUCACUCGAUGACAAUAGAGCCAAGGGACGAGUACGACAAUUUGUGUAUUUUUGGACCUGACGAUCAGCCAACAGAUGGAUACAAUGUUAAUAUUACUCAAAUUGGAUGCUCCGAAAGAGGUCAAUCAGCAAUAUGCAACAUUCAUCUUGAAUACGAUGAGCCAAAUCAACGAAUAAGAUUAAAAGUUGGGUUCCCAAAUGGGGGCUGUUACCAUGCAACAGUCAGUUUAUCUGGACUGCAACUUCACAAUGGCGACUUCGAUAUUAUUGUACUGGAGAGUUUUGUAGCACGGAUGGUACAUAACAACGUUGCGUCAAAGGAUCCGGACAUAUGCUAUGCUGCCAAACUCCUGGGGAUACAGGGGGAAAGAUUCUCCAAGCCUAAAAAAGUCUUCUGUUUCAUAUCCCCGAAGCAAUUGACUAUCAAAGAGUAUCUCCUCAAAUUCAUUCCAAAACGCCUCGUCACAUUUAGAUUAUGCCCUUCGACUAAGGUAAAAUUUUCAAGGUUUCAUUUCGUCAGUGUGCAUAAUGAAUAUGAAGGCUACGAUUCAUUUUCCAUCGACGACGGGUGUCAGCCACCAGUCGAAUUGAUCUCCCACUAUCGUAAUGUAAUUGCAGCAACAUUCACUCUAUUUCUACUAAAAAAUAUCGGUGGCAGUGAGACAUUCGCCGAUAAACAGAAUUUCUUUUAUCACGAAGUUAGAAAACACCAUCAGAAACAUUACCACGAGAAAUUGACAAUGAAAGUCCAGCGUGAAAAGCUCCUGGAGUCAUCGAUGAAGGCAACUAAGGGCUUCUCAGUUAGUGACUGGUGCAGAAACUUUGAGAUCACCUUUCAAGGAGAGCAGGGAGUUGACUGGGGUGGGGUCAGACGCGAGUGGUUUGAAUUAAUCUGCGCAUCAUUGUUUGAUCCUGGCAAUGGUCUAUUUGCAUCGUUUGGCGAAUCUCAACAGGCGCUUGUACAUCCGAACAAUAAAAGACCAUCGCAACUUAAGCUUAAGCAUUACGAAUUCGCUGGUCGAAUUGUUGGAAAAUGUCUCUAUGAAUCCGCACUAGGAGGAUCAUAUCGGCAAUUAGUCAGAGCAAGAUUUACACGUUCAUUUUUAGCACAAAUUAUCGGUCUUAGGGUACACUACAAGUACUUUGAACAGGACGACCCUGAUUUAUAUCUGAGUAAAGUUAAGUACAUACUUGAAAAUGAUGUUGAAGAGAUGGAACUUAACUUUGUGGAGGAGGAGUACGACAAAGAUGGUCAAUUACUUAAUAAUGCUGAGUUAAUUCCUGGAGGGAGUAAAAUACGCGUUACUAAGGACACUAAGUUACGUUAUUUGGAUGCACUUGCUCAACAUCGACUUGCUAGCUCUAUCCGGAAUGAGGUCGAUGCAUUUUUACGGGGAUUGAAUGAACUUAUUCCAGAUAAUUUGCUUGGAAUUUUUGACGAGAAUGAACUUGAGCUUUUGCUCUGUGGCACUGGAGAAUACAGUGUUUCAGAUCUUCGUGCCCACCACAUAGUUAAUGGUAGCUCACCCGAAUUUCUUCGUGUACUCGAUUGGUUCUGGACAGCAGUGAGUAACUUCACUCAAGAGGAAAUGGCACGACUGCUCCAAUUUACAACUGGCUGCUCUCAACUACCACCUGGUGGUUUCCAGCAAUUAAGUCCACGCUUUCAAAUCACAGCAGCUCCAACUUUUGCCAAUUUACCAACGGCCCACACCUGCUUCAAUCAAUUAUGCCUACCCGACUACGAGUGUUACGACCACUUCGAGAAAGCUCUGCUACUUGCUAUCAGCGAGGGCACUGAAGGCUUCGGCAUGAUUUAAGAGAUUAAAUGAAUCUAGUCUAAUUAUUAGUUUAUUUGAGAGAACAAUUUUACUGAGAUACUUAAUUUAUUUGGGAAAAAAGAACACUAGUCAAAUACAAAAUGUUUCAGAAUCCAUAGAUGCAUUGCCAGAAAAGAGAAGCUUACGAUUGUAUUGUGAGAGUAUUCAGAUCAAUAAUUUCAAUCGUCUUGAAAGGCUAGACUUUUUUCGAACGACAAAUGCAAGUAAUGACUACAUGUUUUGAUUUUAGAAAUUCAUAACUGUGAAUUUUUGCCAUCAACAUCUUACUGAGUAUGUAAAUAGACAGAGGUGAGUGAAAAACGACGAUUUUUAAUCGAAAUAUUGUCGGAAGAGGAACAUUCUGUGAAAGAGAUAAAUGGACUGUUUCUGUUUCUCUUGGAAUCUCACUACUUCCAUGAAUUUUCAUGAAGUAAUUGAAUCUGAUUCGUGAAUUUAUCAUUUCCUAUCAUUCCACUAUCGAAACUAUCAUUCGAAAAUUUGUUGAAAUGCAAAAUAAGAAUUUUCAGAGACCCAUUACAAUAGCAUCCCUAUUUCUACGCUUUUGUGACUGGGCAGUGAUGUAAGGAACUUAUUUAAAAUUAUUACAAUGCGUCAUGAUUUUCCAACGGCGUAAAAAUACUGUUCUCGCAUUUUUUACGCUUCAGUGAUUAUUCGCUUGAAACGAAAGGAAUAAUUAGGAAAAUAUGAGGUUCUCCGAGUUAAAUGAGUCAAUGGCUUACUUUUUGAAUUUUUAUUUCUCAAUUUUUUCAUGCGUUUAGCUCUUCUUUCGAUUCUUAUUUAUGACGCGUUAAAUUAUCUCAUUUCCACAGAGCAGAGAGAUAGUCGUUAACUCAUUUGACAUGGCAUACUUCAUGAAUCUAUAAUCGAUGAAAAUUGGAAAAUCAUUAUUCUGUAGAUUAGGAAUGAUACGUUAGGAUGAACUUGAAAAAUCUCUGUUAUGUAAAAUUAUUUCGAAAGUAUAGUCUCUGAUAUACGAUCUAAUGAACUGAUGCGUAGAAAUAGUUGUGAAUUUUUACUCAUUUUUAAGCGUAAGACGCCAACAGCUGAUGGUAUCUUGAAUGUAGUCGUGAAACGUGUUAAAUGCCAAUGUAAACAAACAAACUCCGUUAUCUCGUGUAGUCUGGAUUGAUUAGAAUGAAUUAAAAAUUACGUUUUCUGCAGAUCGAGAGACUGUUAGAGAUAAUUAUUGGAAUGUAUUAUAACUGAUAUUGUGACACUAAGUGAUCUGAUAGGCGGAUAAUUUUUUAAUUUAGCUGUAGAAAUUGAUAGAGAUGUUUUGAAAUGAUUAUCAUGAACUCGUCAAUUCCACGCACAUUAUUGUGCUAAUGUUGUUCAAACUUAUUGGUUUCAGAAAGUCAUGGUUUCAAAGUUAUGUAUACGAGUUUUAUCACUGACUUUUUUCCCAUUUUUGAAUUUUUUAUCAAUUUCUCUUGGAAAAUUUUUAGAGGAAUUUCUCUAGAUUAAAGACAAUAGAAAAAUUGCAAAUCUAUUUCAACUUUACCUCAAAUCAC